GCUACAUGUUGAUUAGAUAAUCUCAUUCGAUAUAAAAGCUAUCUAUCUCUUAUCCUAAAGAUAAGGUUUAUCUGAUGGAAAGUCACACUCUUCAAAUUUUCUUAGCUUUAUAUUAUAAAGAUUGAUGGGGCGAAGCACAAGGCCCUGUUCAUGAGAUAUCAUAGAAAAUUGUGCAGCGCGAUAUGUUCUUCCUCUACAUCCUGAUUUCAUCACUUGUAACAACGCAGCUAUUUUGUGAUCGUCAUCUAAAAACUUUCAGAAAAUUAUUUUUUUCGUCGUCCGCCCGUUAUACUAGUGUAGAAAAUUUACUCAUUCAAGGAGUUUUGAUCGAUCGUAAGUGUUCUAGCGACGCGUCAUUCCAACGCGAUUUUUUGGCUCUUGCCUCGUCUUUUCGCGACUCAGGACAAUACUGAACGCAAUACACCGUGUCUAGACAAUACAACAAUCAGUGAUGCUCUCAGCCACAAUCGCCAUACACUGGCAUGACGAUGGCCAUCCAGUGUACUCACUUGAUAUUCAACCUUCAAACCAACUGGAUUC